ACAUUGAUGUCGUUUGAGAAAUUGAUUGAUUGAAGUGCAAAAAUCAUUCUUCUUCCUUCUUCCGUGGGACCACCGUGGCUCUCUCGCUCUAGAUUUGUUUGCCUUUCUCUUCUCUUCCGCCUAUCGACGCCGCCGAUCAUUCUCUCUCUUUUCUUUCAGAGUAGAAGUGGUAUCUUAUGGCUGCCUUCAAAGCAUUUUGGAACAGUCCAGUUGGUCCUAAAACAACUCACUUUUGGGGACCUGUUGCCAACUGGGGAUUCGUCGCAGCUGGGUUGGCUGACAUCAACAAACCUCCAGAAAUGAUCUCCGGCAACAUGACAGGAGCAAUGUGUGUUUAUUCAGCAUUGUUCAUGAGAUUUGCAUGGAUGGUACAGCCACGCAACUAUCUACUUCUUGCGUGUCAUGCUUCAAAUGAGACUGUUCAACUCUAUCAACAUACCCGAUGGGCAAAGGCAGAAGGGUAUCUCUCGGGGAAGAAGGAUAAAGAAGUUUCAUCACAGUGAAUGCAAUGAUUUGAACAAAUUGUUUUUGAGCUUGACAGUGCAUGAAUAAUUGAUCGUCAAAAUUGAUUGUAAUUUAUAAGGGCUCUUGGAAACUGUAAAAGAUUCAGAAUUUGCAGAGUUUUUUGUUAUUGUAUGGAUUACAAAGGCUUGAUGAUUUUAAAA